AUGUCUUCAUCAACCCAUGCAUUACCUGGUUACGAUCCUCCUCCACAAUAUACCGCUUAUAAUGUUAAUCAACAACCACCACCACCACAACAACAACAACAACAACAACAACAACAACAACAACAACAACAACAACAACAACAACAACAACAACAACAACAACAACAACAACAACAACAACAACAACAACAACAACAACAACAAAACAAGCAAACCCAAAAUGAUUCACCACAUUUAGAGUCGUCAUUGAAAAUCAUCACUAUCAAACAAAAAAUAUUGCCAACAUACAACAAAGCAAUAAUGGACAAGAGGCCAGUUCCUUAUUCUGCUAAGAUAUUUGUAGCUGGUGAUCUUGGUGUUGGUAAAUCAACUUUAAUGUGGAAUUACAAAACCGAUGAUAGAAUGUUGACGUUUCAUGAUCACCUGCAUUACAAUUGGUACAGCAUGAAAAUGAAAGGGCCUUAUAGUUUACCGUUCCUUUUAACCGUUCUGCAUGCUAGUACUAAAGGAAACCCUAAUCAUCUAUAUGUGGGCUGUCCACUUUUCCUUGAUGAAGACAUCAUCUUACUAUGUUUUGCAAUGGAUAACAUUUUAAGUUUGUUCAGUGUCAGGACCAAAUGGUAUCCAAUCUUGAAAGAGCUGAUGGGCUCAAAAAAUAUUCCUAUAAUUCUUGUGGGUACAAAAGGGGACUUGCCUUCCACUUUGCCCUUUGAUCUUGUGACCCAAACUGCUAAAAAUAUUGGAGCAAUUGCUUUUAUUCAAACUUCAUCAUUGCAAAUGCUUAAUGUCAGUACUGUGUUUGAUUAUGCUAUACACCAUUUACAUAAGGAAUGGAAAACAGGAUCAACUAUAAUUGAUGACAAGAGUCUUCGCCCAAACUCCUUCGAGACUGGAUUAUCCAAAAAAGAAAAAUUGCUGAAUAAUGAAGGACAAUCGGCUGGAUCACCUGUUGUUAACCAAGAAUGGAUCCAGUUUGAUUCUCUGGACUUGAAGGUCGUGGAUGCUGCAAAACCAAAGGUUGUAAUUUCCAGUGAAAUAAGUAUAUCCUCCAAUCAAAAAAUGAGCAGGAAGAAGAAAAAGAAUACUUGCGUCAUAGUAUAG